UGUGGAGCUGGGGUCAGGGCCCUGUGUGGUGACUGUUCCCCCAUUUCCCAAUGUGUCACUUAGAGCUGCCUCGGGGCUGCUGGAACCUCUGCGGGAGGCAGGCCAGGCCCAGGCUAUGGGGAGUUAGGGCUUCGCCCUGCCCCGGCCUAGGAACAGGGUCCCCCGGAGUCAGACGCCGGGUGAGCGGCCCGGCACCAGCAGACGCGCCGAACCACUUGUUAAAGCCGCAGCCCAGGGCAGGAGUGUUUCCUUCAUUCAAGCCUGCUGGUUCCGCAGGCCUGAACUCGCUGGGAACGCAGGGUGUUGGCCUGACAAUGGCAGGGAGUAACCGACUCGCGGUGUCUGGAUCUGGCUGGGGGCUGGGUCAGAGCCGAUGGCUGGGCUGGCGGGGAAGCCCAGGGAGAUCAGAGCUGGGCGGGGAGCCGGCUGCCAGGUGCAGUUCAGACCCACUGUCGCUUGGCUCACGGCGUUGGGACAGCUGCCUUGUGUCCAGUGCGACCGCAGCCCGGAGGCCCCAGAGCGUCAUGUCGGAGAGCAAGGAGUGGGCCACCCUGAGCCCCGAGGAGUUCGCCCACCUGCAGAAGUACAUUGACUACAGCAGCAGGAAGGUCCAGGACGUGCUGCAGGAGUUCUAUGGAGAUGGCACCUUGGUGCAGCACCUGCAGGGAGACUCGAUCGACUUUGAGGGCUUCAAGCUGUUCAUGCGGAGCUACCUGGAGGCCGAGGAGAUCUCAGACGCGCUCUGCCAGCACCUCUUCCUGUCCUUCCAGACCUCGCCCGGGGAGGCCCCCGGGCAGCAGCCAGGCAGCGGCCUGGUCUGCGUCAACGACGUCUCCUGCUACUUCUCGCUGCUGGAGGGGGGACGCCCCGAGGACAAGCUGGAGUUCACCUUUAAGCUCUACGACAAGGAUGGGAACGGCCUGCUGGACAGCUCGGAGGUGGAUCGGAUCAUCACCCAGAUGAUGCGAGUGGCCGAGUACCUGGACUGGGACGUCACGGAGCUCAAACCCAUCCUGCAGGAGAUGAUGAAGGAGAUCGACUAUGACGAUAGCGGGACGGUGUCGCUGGCCGAGUGGCUGCGAGGGGGGGUCACCACCAUCCCCCUGCUGGUGCUGCUGGGCCUGGAAGUGAACAUGAAAGACGACGGGCAGCACAUGUGGCGGCUGAAGCACUUUAACCGGCCCGUUUACUGCAACGUCUGCGAGACCCUCCUGCUCGGGCUGCGCAAGCAGGGCCUGUGCUGCACCUUCUGCAAGUUCACGGCCCACGAGCGCUGCGCCCGCCGGGCACCCCUCAGCUGCAUCAGCACCUAUGCCAAGUCCCGCAAGGACACCAGCGCGCAGAGCCACGUGUGGGUGAAGGGCGGCUGCGAGGCCAGCAAGUGCGACAAGUGUCAGAAGAAGAUCAAGAGUUUCCAGAGCCUGACGGGGCUUCACUGCGUCUGGUGCCACCUCAAGAUCCACGAGGAGUGUCAGCCCAGCGUGCCCCCGACCUGCGACUGCGGGGCCCUGCGCGACCACGUCCUGCCCCCUUCGGCCAUCUACCCCGUGGUGCUGGAGAGGCAGAACAGCCAGAAGAACGACGGUGGGACCCCGGUGGAGGAGACGCCGCAGCCCUGCACCACGCCCGAGGGCCAGGCGCUGCGGAUCAUCCCAGUACCCGACACCCACCCCCUCCUGGUCUUCGUCAACCCCAAGAGUGGCGGGAAACAGGGGGAGAGGGUGCUCCGGAAGCUCCAGUAUCUCCUCAACCCGCGGCAGGUUUACAACCUGAUGAAGGGGGGCCCAGCCCCUGGGCUGAACUUUUUCCGGGACGUGCCGGAUUUCCGGAUCCUGGUGUGCGGGGGGGACGGCACCGUGGGGUGGAUCCUGGACGCCAUCGAUAAAGCCAACCUGCCCCGGCGCCCCCCAGUGGCCCUGCUGCCGCUGGGCACCGGCAAUGACCUGGCGCGGUGCCUGCGCUGGGGAGGAGGCUACGACGGGGAGAACCUGGGGAAGAUCCUGAAGGACAUCGAGAGCAGCAGCGUCCUGCCCAUGGACCGGUGGCUGGUGCAGGUGACCCCCGAGAACCCCGCGGAGAAGGGGGACCCCGUCCCCUACGAGAUCAUCAACAACUACUUCUCCAUCGGCGUGGACGCCUCCAUCGCUCACCGCUUCCACCUCAUGAGGGAGAAGUACCCCGAGAAAUUCAACAGCAGGAUGAAGAACAAACUCUGGUAUUUUGAAUUUGCCACAUCUGAGACCAUCUUCGCCACCUGCAAAAAGCUCAAGGAAUAUCUGACCAUUGAGUGCUGCGGGCAACCCCUGGACCUGAGCGGAGCCCUCUCGGGGGUCGCCGUCCUCAACAUCCCCAGCAUGCACGGCGGCUCCAACCUCUGGGGCGAGACCAAGAAGCCGCUGGGCGAGGCCCGGAACGCGGGCGGGGGGAGCCAGCCCCAGGCCGUCACCGACCCGGAGCUGCUCAAGACCUGCGUGCAAGACCUGAGCGACAGGCGGCUGGAAGUGGUGGGGCUGGAGGGCGUGAUCGAGAUGGGGCAGAUCUACACGGGGCUGAAGAGCGCAGGGAAGCGACUGGCCAAGUGCUCGGAGAUCACGCUGCGGACCCUGAAGUGCCUGCCCAUGCAGAUCGACGGGGAGCCCUGGAUGCAGCCACCCUGCACGAUCAGGAUCACCCACAAGAACCAGGCGCCCAUGCUCCUGGCCCCGCCCCCCCGCUCCUCCAGCUUCUUCGGCAUCAAGAAGGGACCCCCUGAGUCGUAGGGGGGCCCAGCUGGGGGACAAGGACCCCCCCGACCCGGCCCCCUUGGGCGUCAUUGCGUCAUGGGGCCCCGCCAGCCAGGGCCCCUUCUCUGCCCCCGCUCCCCUGCUUGCCAGCCUGGCCCGUGCCUGGUAGCGAGCGGGGGCCGGGCGGGGGCCUUGGUCUGCCCCCCCCCGCUGCCCCCCCUCCUCUCCGCUGUUUCUGCCCCAUGAUGGGGGCAAGGGGGGCGUCUGUACCUGCCCCUCCCGUGCAGCUCUGGCCCCUGCGGGGAGGGGGGCAGCAGCACGCUGGGCCCCCGCGUACCCCACAUUCCAGCCCCCUAUUUAUUGCCCCCACCGUCCAGCCCCUCCCCCUUGAGAUUCCAAGUGCCUCAUCUCACUAAUAAAGGU